UCUAAAGUCCAGGGAGUGAGAGAGGGUGUCGAGGAUUCCUAGCAGACCAAUGGCUUUGCUUCUUACACUUAACUAAAACUACCUACAUGGGUUCCCCUGGAGGGAAUUCAGAACAAGGGUGCUGCCUGGAGAGGAGGACUAGACAUUAGUCAGAAAACUGAGGGUGAGGGGUGGAAUGAGGGAGCAGCUCAGCUUGAUCCCAUCAGCACAAGCCAAGCAUGGUGUCCAUCACAGAGAAGCACCUGUCUUCAGGUGCACAGUGGCUGACAGCAGAGGAGAGGAACCAACUUAUUCCUGGCUUGAAAGCAGCAGGAUGGUCGGAAUUAAGUGAGAGAGAUGCCAUCUACAAAGAAUUCAUCUUCAAAAAUUUUAAUCAGGCCUUUGGCUUUAUGUCCAGGGUUGCCCUACAAGCAGAGAAGAUGAAUCAUCACCCAGAAUGGUUCAAUGUGUACAACAAGGUCCAGAUAACUCUCACUUCACAUGACUGUGGAGGCUUGACCAAACGAGAUGUGAAGCUGGCCCAGUUCAUUGAAAACGCUGCUGCUUCUCUGUGAUCUCUUUCAAAAUGCACAUGAAGAUCUAACACCUGGCUUGUCUGCAGUGUUUUUGAAGGCCAUUUAUGUGAAUAAAUUAAGUCAUAAAUUAGUUUGUUUUUACAUAUAUACAUUUUUGUAUAGUUGGUGCUUAAAUACAGAACGAUUGGAACCCGAA